AUGGAUCCUCUUUCAAUCUCGGCCAGCGUCAUCGCUCUCUUCCAAAUACCCGUGGCUCUCGGCAAGGGAGCCCAGUUGCUUGCUACUCUUCGGCAUGCUCCCGCAGACUUCUGCGACCUGGUGAAUGAACUUAACACCUUGCAAGCUGUUAUCAAGCAGGUCAGGAGCUUGCUGGAAGAGUUGACGAACGAGCAAACGAGCAAUACGGCAUUUACUCCCGUGGACACAUCGACAGCUGUGGCGUUAGAACUUGAGUUAAGAUUCAUCGUAGAGGAGCUCCAGGCGCUCUGCGAUCGACUCACAGCCACGGACAAGGCAGAUGAGAAGGACCGGCCUCGCCAAGUAUCGAAAAGAAGAUGGAUACGAGAGCAAAGCAACAUCACCAAACUCAAGUCCAGGGUAAACACAACCAGAAACUAUUUGAUGCUGUGUUUCGGUGCCAUAGUAUCGUCGCAGAGCUUGAGACAAGGCAGGUUAAUGGUCGAAACUCAUCAGCUCGUUCAAGGCCUGCCCCGGACUUUUGAAAGAAAAACCGAGAGAAUUCGCGAUACAUUGGUCGCAGGCCAUGCCAACAUCGACAAUAUGGUGGCCACGCUCGACGGCCAGAUUCGUGCACAAGCAUCCGACCUGGAACAAUUGUUAACGGCCAAAUGUCAACCUCCGAAUCAGAGCAAUCUUCUGAAGCUGGACCGCCCAAAUGCCGAAGCCGAUCCUUACGUUUCGGUCGAGGUCUCAGUCCACCGAAACUGCUUGUCCUGCUGCAGAUGUCAAUGUCAUCAACAUCACAGAAUGCAGAGCCCAGCUUGGAUGCGCUCCGUCUUUGGCACGCUUUUUCUCCAAUACAACAGCGUCCCGUUGUUGAGGCCCCAAAAGUGUGACCUCGGGGAAUGCAGAGCAAGCUCUCCUGCUUCUUCGCGCUUGAUCUACCUCUUUCCCAAGUGGUUUCUCUCUCGUGCUGUCUUUCUUGCGACUUCCUGGAGUAGUCUGACCGGGACAGGUGCUUCUAUCCAUCUUCACGUCCCAAGGCUUGUUCCACGAGACCAGAUGGUAUCGGUUGUGUACAACUGUGAUAUUGCAUGGAUAAAACGAGGCAUCACCAACUCGACCGUACUGCCAACAGACGUGGAUGAAGACGGAAACUCGCUUCUCAUGUUAUCCCUUCGUGACGUUAACCUCCCCCUCUCGGAAUUCCUCGUUCAACAGGGCUGGCCGCUACACCUGGAAAAUGUGACUGGAUGGUAUGGCAAGGUACGAACGCAAUUAAGCUCCAUGCUAACACGGCCCAGGACAGCUUCAUCACGCUCCCGACUUCUGUACUACGCUACGAAGCACGAGCGGAUCCAGUCACUCAAACCUGAGCAUCGCCGUAUGAUUGAGCAUCUCACAUUUUCACAAGGAGGAUCAGGCAGUACAUCGACUUUGAUACACGACGCAGUUCUUGGAGUGACGUCAAUGUCCGUAUUGGAUGCAAUAACUCGGGCCCGUUCGGAUAUUGAUAGCCUUGACAGCUAUGGGUGGUGUCCGCUACACUGGGCAAUCUAUCUCGACGAUUACAAAUCGCUCGAGGUCCUACUUUACCGUGGCGCCAGCCCAAAGACAGUGACCAGAAGCGGUUGGACGCCGCUUCAUUACGCGGCGAGAUAUGAACCUCCUGGCUCUGUGAGAAUGGCCCAGGCAGUCAUUGAAGCCGGCGCAGAUAUCAAUGCACAGGUCAGAAACUAUCGGGGGUUCAAAGGGGAAACUGCAAUCAUAUUCGCCUUCGACAACCCGGAGAUGGUUAAACUUCUGUUGGAGCACAGUUCCGUCAUUGUUGUCAAAACAGACAUUAAUUGGGUGUGUCCGUUGUCGUACCGAGCUCGUCGGACGAGCAACGUCGAUCGUCAUGAUCCAAGAAGAUGGCACUGGGAUCGAUCCCUUGAUCUACUUAUCAGUGCCGGUAUGGACCUCGACUUGCCAUCGCAGCAAACGGGCUACGAGGGACGAACGCCUCUUCAUGAUACGAUCCUGUGGCGUAAUGCAGCGUUGUUAGAGCUCUUGAUCCAACAUGGCGCUAGGCUCGAUGCCAUGGACAAGUAUGGGUCAGGCGUGCUACACUUUGCAGCUCAAAGUGCGAACCUCGAGCUCAUCAACGUGUUGCGGGAUGCUCAGAUCUGCGGUUUGAAUACGGAUCAAACAAACGCUGCUGGCGAUACGCCGAUGAGGAUCAUGACGGCACGGAUGUACGGCGCCGAGGAACGAAGGCAGCCUGGCGAGACAAGACCGACGUAUGAGGAGUGGUUGGCCUUCAAACAGCUGUUGCUGGAAAUACGGGGACGCACCUGUGGCCACUUCUCGACAGAUCAUACCGGCACAGUGUUUCUUGGGAGGUAUUCGCACAAUGCCCAGAGUGAUGUUGAGGAUAUCACUUCUAUGGGGGUUUCGGAGGACGACCACAGCGAUGAAGACGAGUUCUUUGACACAUCUGAAGGGUUACAAAGCUAA